AUGAAUCGAAUAGAAAAAUUCGCGUGCGAUACUUUGCCGAGUACAUAUACAAAGAAUUCUUAUGUUACUCCAGUGGAUGCAUUACAUCUCAGCCAACAAUGGAAGAUUGAAAACUUUGCUACUCUGGUGAAACUUGCUUUGCCGGGAAACUGUUUGCGAACUGGAUUAUUUCGCCAUCCUCAACUUCCAGAAGCUUACUGGCAACUAUGUUUAUAUCCUGGAGGAAAACGGGCAGAAAAUGCAAAUAAUGUUUCGUUGUUUUUAAAAAUGUCGUCCACAUCACCAACUAAAGAGGUACGCAUUAAAGUAGAAUAUCGAUUUCAUUUUCUCAAUGACAAAGAAGUUGCGCUGUUUAGCAAUGUCAAUGUUGGCGAAUUCCAUGCGAAACCGCCAAAAGGCGGUCAUUCUUGGGGUCUGCGUAAUAUUCCAAAACAAAAGAUUUUGAAUUGCGUAAGAGAUGAUGGUUCAUUAGUUAUAUCUUGUCACAUUGAAUUGUUGCCGGACAUCAGUCGCACUCAUUGUUAUAAUUCGUGGAAACUGUUACAUACUAAUACACGGACGGUAAAUGGUGACUUUAUUCAACGACAGUUAGCGGCAUUUGAUAAUGGUUUUAUGGCUGAUUGCGUUUUGGAAUGUUCUGGUAAACAAAUUCCAGUCAACAAAUUCGUUCUGUCAGCCCAUUCUGAAGUAUUCAAAGCAAUGUUUUCAUAUGAUCAACUAGUAGAAAGUACUGAAAGAAGAGUUGUGAUCGAAGAUGCCGAAUAUGAAGCUGUUAGAUGUAUGUUGCGUUAUAUGUACACAGGAGAGAUGGAUGAUAUGGAUAUGGAUGCCGACUUAGCGAGUGUACUAACGCUUGCAGAGAGAUACCAGAUUGAUGAUCUUAAGCAAAUAUGUGAACGAAAGCUUUGUGCUCAAAUCGAUAAAUGCAACUUUGGAGAGAUGCUUUAUUUGGCUGAUCUUUAUAACUGCAAGAUACUUCGAAAAGCCGUAAUUGACCUGCUACGCACUAACAGUUCGGUGUUUUCAUCGAAAGCUUGGCGACUCCUUAAAGAGACAAAUCCGCAUCUCGUGACGGAUGUAAUGGAAAAAGCAGUAUUUGGCGAAGGAUCACCACCACUCAAACGACAACGUCACCAAAGAGCACAUCACUCACUGCAUUCAGACGACUCGUCCUGA